AUGAAUAUAAUUUUAAUAUCAUGGUGUACAAUAGUGACUAUAGUACUACUAUGUAAACUUGAUAGAGUCAGUUGUACUGAUCCCAAUCAAAGUUUAAAGAAUACAUCAGAUCCUAAUAAUAGUCAACCAGUUAGUUCUCAAAAUAAUGAGCCUCCUCCCAAACCACCCGAUUCAGCCAACCUGAGUCAAUCUAGUAAUGUAACUUUAAUUACUGUGAACAUCGAUUUGACGGAAAGCACUGAUCAGGUUGUAUAUGAACACGAUACAGUUAAUAAAGCUCAACGUUGGACUUGUAAGGAAGGAUUUUUAAUUGAAAAGGUUACAAAAGAAGCUAACGUCGUAUGGCAAGAUGAUGUGAGACCCGGUGAUAGAGUCGUUAUACGAGAAACAGAAGAUGGUCUCAAGGCAAAGGUAUAUCGUCCAGGUGAUAUUGAGGGGUCAAGUUCUAAAGCCCACGCUCAACAACCUGGAUCUAGCACACCUGCACCUGAAACCGCUGCACAACCAGUAUCAACUACACCAACUCCUCCCGUAGCUACACCUGCACCUAAACCAACUGAAGCUACACCUGUCGCUCAGGCUUCAGCUGCUACACCCAAACCUGCUGCUCCAGCUCAACCUGUAGCACAACCUGUAUCAUCUACACCAGUUACCAAACCUGUAGCUCAGCCAGUCGAAUCUACGCCUGGGUCACAAGUUUCUGCCACAGUUCCAACUAAGACUGAGGUUUCAGCAUCCCAAUCUGUUUCAACCAAACAAGCUGGGCAUAGUUCUCCAACUCUUAUUACCGUUGCCUUUGAGUUGAGAGAAAGCACUAAUCAGAUCAAUUACGAAUUUGACGCUGACAAUAAAGCCCACCGUUUGAAGUGUAAGGAUGGUUUUUUAAUUGAAAAGGUUACAAAAGAAGCUAACGUCGUAUGGCAAGAUGAUGUGAGACCCGGUGAUAGAGUCGUUAUACGAGAAACAGAAGAUGGUCUCAAGGCAAAGGUAUAUCGUCCAGGUGAUAUUGAGGGGUCAAGUUCUAAAGCCCACGCUCAACAACCUGGAUCUAGCACACCUGCACCUGAAACCGCUGCACAACCAGUAUCAACUACACCAACUCCUCCCGUAGCUACACCUGCACCUAAACCAACUGAAGCUACACCUGUCGCUCAGGCUUCAGCUGCUACACCUAAACCAGCCCCUGAACCUGCCCAAGCUGUAUCUACACAAGUUGCUACACCUAAACAGCCUGAUCAAGUGGCGCUACCAAAACCAGUUGCACAACCUACAGCACAAGCUGGACCGGUGGUACCUUCUCCACAACCAGUUUCUACCACACCUGCAUCGUCUACACCUGCUACUAAACCAGCCGAAGCGACACCAGUAUCUCAAGCCAAGCCUGUUGUAUCGACUCCUGCAGCAAAACCAGUACCUGGCACUCCUGAGGCUGGACAAGAAUCAUCACAAACUGCAGGUAGUCCACAUUUAAUUACUGUGAACAUCGAUUUGACGGAAAGCACUGAUCAGGUUGUAUAUGAACACGAUACAGUUAAUAAAGCUCAACGUUGGACUUGUAAGGAAGGAUUUUUAAUUGAAAAGGUAACAAAAGCUGGUAACGUUGUAUGGCAACCUAAGGAUGGGAGACAUGGUGAUAGAGUUGUUAUAAGAGACACAGAUAAAGGCCCUAAGGCAAAGGUAUAUCGUCCAGGUGAAACGGAGGCUCAAGAUCAACAACCUGGAUCUAGCACACCUGCACCUGAAACCGCUGCACAACCAGUAUCAACUACACCAACUCCUCCCGUAGCUACACCUGCACCUAAACCAACUGAAGCUACACCUGUCGCUCAGGCUUCAGCUGCUACACCCAAACCUGCUGCUCCAGCUCAACCUGUAGCACAACCUGUAUCAUCUACACCAGUUACCAAACCUGUAGCUCAGCCAGUCGAAUCUACGCCUGGGUCACAAGUUUCUGCCACAGUUCCAACUAAGACUGAGGUUUCAGCAUCCCAAUCUGUUUCAACCAAACAAGCUGGGCAUAGUUCUCCAACUCUUAUUACCGUUGCCUUUGAGUUGAGAGAAAGCACUAAUCAGAUCAAUUACGAAUUUGACGCUGACAAUAAAGCCCACCGUUUGAAGUGUAAGGAUGGUUUUUUAAUUGAAAAGGUUACAAAAGAAGCUAACGUCGUAUGGCAAGAUGAUGUGAGACCCGGUGAUAGAGUUGUUAUACGAGAAACAGAAGAUGGUCUCAAGGCAAAGGUAUAUCGUCCAGGUGAUAUUGAGGGGUCAAGUUCUAAAGCCCACGCUCGACAGGUAUCAACACAGACUGCUACACCUAAAGAACCCGAUCAACCCGUAUCAUCUACACCAACUCCUCCCGUAGCUACACCUGCACCUAAACCAACUGAAGCUACACCUGUCGCUCAGGCUUCAGCUGCUACACCUAAACCAGCCCCUGAACCUGCCCAAGCUGUAUCUACACAAGUUGCUACACCUAAACAGCCUGAUCAAGUGGCGCUACCAAAACCAGUUGCACAACCUACAGCACAAGCUGGACCGGUGGUACCUUCUCCACAACCAGUUUCUACCACACCUGCAUCGUCUACACCUGCUACUAAACCAGCCGAAGCGACACCAGUAUCUCAAGCCAAGCCUGUUGUAUCGACUCCUGCAGCAAAACCAGUACCUGGCACACCUGAGGCUGGACAAGAAGCAUCACAAACAAUCCCAGAUACUUCUGACCAAACAAAAGAUAAGGAACCUGAACAGUCUAGCGUAACACCUGAAGCCAAAGAACCCUCCAAAUCUGUGCCUGCUACUCCCAAACCAGCUGUUUCAACUCAAUCAGUAUUUACACCAUCGAUUUCAAUGGCUGAACUUUUUUCACCUGACCCUGAAGAUUUUGUAGAACAGCCGGCAUCCCCAAGCCCUAAACCUGAAUCUAGUACACCUGAAGCAAAACAAUUAUCUCAACAGCCCUCUGAAACACCUAAAGCUAAAGAACCAGAUACGUCUGGUACAACUCCCAAGUCAGAAGCUGACGUUUCAGUUCCUUCACCUUCAGGUGUUUCAUCAAAAUCUGAAGCAGUGGAUCAAAAACCAGAUCCGAAGAGUGCAUCUGAGCCAGCACCGGAACAGUCUUUGUCACAACAACCUGCGUCACAGGUUACUAAAGAAUUAGCCAAGCCGCAUGAAGAAACUAAGCCAGUAGCUCAACCUGCACAACCAUCAGAGGAAUCUAAGUCAGUUGCUCUGCCGAAAGAGGAACCUAAGUCACUUACUCAGCCGACAGCCGAAACUAAAUCAGUUUCUGAACCAGUAUCAACUACUCCUACGGCUAAACCUGCGGAUAAACCGGCUGUCGUAACACCCAAACCAGCUGAAUCAUCCCCAACACCACUUUCAUCUCCAUCUGAAACUAAGGAAACGAAAGAGUCUUCCGAAAAACCUGAAGCUAAAGAAACGAAACAGUCCGCUGAAACAAAGAAACCUGACAAACCUCCAACAACUGAAACCGUUAAAAAAGAAUCUGAUUCCGAUGCACAGGCAUCAACUGAAACAUCCCAGUCUGGUGUGUCUCAGGGAUUUUUAUCAACAGGAUCUCAACCUGCACCUAGCUCCCCUGAUGUUAAAUCAGUAAUCGUAUCACCUAAACCAGCUGAAUAUGUAACUAAACCAGUAUCAUCUACACAUGAUACUAAGGAAUCUGUUUCAACUACUCCUAUGUCACAAUCAGCCGUUUUAACACCUAAGACGGAUGCAAUACCUAUAUCCACCACUCCUGCAAAACCGACUGAGGAGUCUAAUUCGGAGACACAAUCAUCAGAAGAUCUUAAACCAGCGAUUAAACCAGUUGCUCAGGCUUCCGUUAUAACUCCUAAACCUGUGACUCCUGCGUCUGUUAUAACUCCUAAACCUGUGACUCCUGCGUCUGUUAUAACUCCUAAACCUGAGACUCCUGCGUCUGUUAUAACACCUAAACCAGCAGCGCAACCUGUAUCGACGUCACCAAUCACACCUGCGCCAAAAUCUGAAACUGAAUCUGUAUCCGCAACUGAUAAACCUACUGAAGAAACAGAAAAAUCGGGACUAACUCAGGGUUUUCUAUCAUCUUCAGCAUCGCAACCUGAGCCUACCACUGGUGAUAAGUCCGAAGAACAUCAACCGUCUGGUUUGUCCCAGGGAUUUCUAUCGACAUCAGGUUCUGAAGAGUCUGAAGAGCCCCAAGAGUCAGGUCUGUCCGAGGGAUUUUUAGGGUCACCAGGAGGUCAGGAAUCGGAACCACCUCAGCCUGAGGUUAAGAAAUUGCCCAUACAGUUGCCAGAUUUUGAAUUGCCUACUAAAGAAGAAUUUGAUAUUUGUAAGUACUUCCGAAGCCGAUUUACAAAAAAUCCUAUAAUUCUUAAUAUUGGUAUGAAGUUCAGCACUUUGUUGUUCGAUUAUACAUAUAAAGACGACAUUCAUACCUUUACUGCAAAAGAGGUUUUUGUAUUUGGAUGGGUCGAAGAAAACGCAACUUUGAUUUGGGACAGUGGAGAGAAAAAGGACUACUCAGAGAAGGUUGAAGUUAACGACGACGAUGUCCUUACGGUAUAUUUGAAAGAUGGGAAAACAAGGGUAUUUGAAAAGGAUGGUAGUGAAUGGAAAGAAUGGAUUCAAGACUAUGAAUACGAAGAGUACCACUUUACAGCCAUUCAAUGUUUCGGACGUAGAGUAUGGGAAUACGACGAGGGAAACGAGUUUAAUACAGUGCACAUGAGCAGACUCGGAGGAAAGCUGAUUUUGACUGAGCUUAACGAAGAUAAGCCUGACUUCACAAAGCCCUCAGUUGAUGUAUUCACCCUUGGUAGUGAACAUCCUAAUGAUUCGAAGAGGUACUAUUUUGUAAAAUUCAGCGAAGACGAGGGCCUUUUCCUUUUCAGGAAGCGGACUAAGUGUACGAAGGUUGCCAUGAACGGAGAGACGAUUUGGAACCACUACGUCAGUGUGUACGGCGCCACAUAUCCAAGUGCCGUGAGCUAUUACAGUUCUAGGGAGGUGAACAUUCACUUUUUUAACCACAUUCUGUUGUUGAACAAAAAAAAUAAGGUGUGGAAGCUUUCUAUAGACGUCGAUGGUAACGUGCUUACGUCAUCCCAUAGACGCAAGUUUAAGAAACCUGUGGAAGAAGUGCCCCCUGAACCCGAACCAGAACCUGUGCCAGAGCCUGAACCAACCCCUAAACCUGUUGAACUCGACAUAACGAGUAAAAACCCUACUUCCGAGAUUACUUAUGGCACUUACGAUAGUUUUGGCUUUAACCUGCUCAAAGAACAUGAAACAAUCAUUUGGAAAACUGAUGUUCACAAGGAAUAUGCAACCCAUGUCGAGCACAAUUCGACCAAGGGUAUUGUUACUAUCAAGUUGGGGAACAAUGUUAAAAAGGUCUUCAAAAGGUCGUCCGACGGUGUGUGGGAUUUAGAGUUAUCACGUCCUAUUCCUGCAAAAACCGACAAGGCCACUCUUAGUAGUAUUGCUUUCAAGAAGUCUUCCGGUAAAAGAGCUGUCGAACUUGACAUUGACUCUGAUGAUUCCACCCAAGAAUUUGUUCACAAAGUACAUGGUAACCCGACUAUUUUCACAUCCAAAUGCCAUACCACGUUUAAACAAGUGAACCAUAAUUGCAUAACGAUCUGGAAAGCAUCUGGUGAUGAAUGUGCCAAUAAAGUCGAAUUUACAAAAAGAUCUUCUGGUAAACUCGAUGUAACAGUCAUCUUGUGUGACGGGAACAAGAGAUUAUUUGUCAAGGAUGUUACUAAGGGGUGGAUGGAGAUAGAUCUAACAGCAAUUAACCUAUAUCCCAUGAACGUCAUGUACGAACACGACACUUACUUCUACUCCAACAUGUUGCAAGGGUCCACUAGAACGUUUGAAGCCAGAGAUGGGUUCGGCUUCAACCACGUUAGAUGCAAGUCUGGUAAUAACUGGUUUGACAUUUGGAAAUCAGUUAACGAGAAACAAUACGCCACGAAGGUGGUCAACGAAAACCAAAGCAAGGUGACUGUCCACUUUAACAUUGGCAGGGAUAAGGUCUUUAACAGAGCAUCUGAUGGUAAAUGGACAGAAGAGGGUGCUGUUGCUUCUCCUGCGGCAUUCACAGUUGAAAUUGAAGAUGAUUCUCCUGUUGAUACGCCUGUUGAUGCGCCUGUUGAUACGCCUGUUGAUGCGCCUGUUGAUACGCAUGUUGAUGCGCCUGUAGAUACGACUGUUGAUGCGCCUGUAGAUACGACUGUUGAUACGUCUUCAUCAUCUCAGCCAUGCGAAAUCUCUGUUUCACUACCACAGGAGUCUAUUCUUAAACGGGCUGUAGCUGCCAAACCAGCUCCCGUCUCCGUGAGUCGACGUGGUAGUACUGCCAGUCUUUCUGAGUUCAGUGACACUGAGAGCAUUGCAUCUUUGCCUGGAGAUGAUGACGAGACGUUCCUCAAUUUACAAAGAACCGAUAUUACAAUUGUAACUAAAGAUGCAGCCAAUGUGGAAUCGACCAACGACUCUACCAAGUUUGAGGUUGAAGAAGAUGAUGAAGAGCUCGUUUAUUCCUUCAAGGAUCCAAACAAGUGUGUAGAAGUUAAGUUUAAGGAUAAACUCGUUUGGAAAUUCGAUAGCUCUAAGAACGUUCAUCCGAAAGAAGUUUGUUUUGUCCUAUUUACUUCAUUUGUCAUACUCGAGUUUGAUGACGGAUGCAACAUCAAGGGAUUGAAAAAUGGCGAAUUCAAGUCUGUAACCAGAAGCGUGUUGAAAAAUAUAGUCAAAAAGGGUGUUGAAGAAGACUCCAAAUCUAAAGAAACUGCCGAAUCUCAACGGUCUUCUUCAGCUUUAUCUACACCUUUACGUGCCAGAGCAGGUUCUAUUGUGCAAAUUGCCCAGCCAGCUGGACGUGCGCCACUUAGAACAGCUAUCAAGUCAGUUAGGAGCAGUACUCCCAUUUUCAAAGCUAGUGCUUUAUCUACACCUGCUUUUACCGAUGUUAAUCUAUCAGCUUCAGAGGCCGAUGACACUAGUGGUACCAGUUCUUCUUACUUAUCUCUUUCAAAGACAGGAGUUGAUCUCGACAUUUUGUUAGUUAUUUCUACUUCUGAAUUCGAACAUAAAAAAGUCGAUAAUUAUGUCACAUAUUCGGCCAAGGCAAACCAUGCUUUCAAAACUGUCAAGGAUGGUACUACUGAAGUGUGGAAAGCAACCGAUGCCAAUAAUUAUUCGACCAAAGUUGAAGUAGAUAUGCCUAGCAACUAUAAAGCUGUCACUGUUUUUCUGGAUGGUGAUAUUACUAAGGUGUUUUUGAAAGACUCUCAAACCGGUAAAUGGACUGCAAUUGACACAUACAAAGUCAAUCCUAUUACUCUUAACGUCAACAGUAACCAGACCACUUACUUUUGCGAUAACAUAUUGGAUAACAAUGUCAGAACAUUUACUGCCAAAAAAGGAUUUCGUUUUAAUGAAGUCAACGCUGGUUCCGGCAUCAUUAAGGUUGAGAUUUGGAAAACUGAUAAGGAGAACGAGUAUGCAAAUAAGGUUGUCAAUGAAAGCAGUAACAAGUUGACCAUCCACAUAGGAGAGGGUGCCAAUGCUUCAACUAAGGUGUUUAACAAGGGAUCUGACGGCAAAUGGGUACAUGUGGAAAUGACCCUUCCCAAAUCAACCCCCGAUUCUCAGCCAUCUACGGAAUCUAGACCAUCCUCUCUAUCAUCUGCUCUUGGUGCCAAGCCAUCACCACUAGCAAUUGGCGCUAAAGCCCAACCGUCUGCACUGUCUUCUACGAUUAGACCCAAACCAGCAUCUCAACCAUCUGAAGCAAUGAGUAAACCUGAAAGUAAACCAGAAGAUAAAAGUGAUUCAUCUUCAGAAGCAGCAGAUGCCACGACUGAACCAUCUUCAGAAGCAGCAGCACUUAAGACUGAACCAUCUUCUGUGGCACCAGAAGUUAAGAGUGCGACAGCUAGUCAACCAGAAGCUAAGAGUGAUCCAUCUACUGAGUCACCAGCAGAUAAGACUGUGUCAUCUUCUGAAGCAUCAGAAGACAAGUCGGAAUCAUCUUCAGAAGCAGCAGCAGUUAAGAGUGCGACAGCUAGUCAACCUGAACCAAAGAGUGAGACACCUAGUCAACCAGAAGAGAAGUCUGAAUCAUCUACAGAGGCACCUGAAGUGAAGACUGUACCAGAAAGCCAACCGGAAGAUAAGAGUGAGUCUGUUGUAACAUCACCGUUAUCGAAGGCUCAACCUAAACCAACCGAGUCAUCGACAACUAGAACUCCUUUACUGACACCUAAGCCUGCUUCGACUGCUAUUGGUUCCACUAGUGCCAGAGCAUCAUCUACUACUCCUGAGUCAACCACUUCACUUGCAACCCCUGGCUCAACCGAUACUAGAAGUGGUCUGGCUUCUGAGGGUUCUAAACAAGGAGAGACUGAUUCUGCUCCUUCAACAGCUUCUGGUACUGAUUCUCGACCAACCUCAGGUACUGGAACAUCUGGCUCCACUCUUACUGGUACUAGCACAUAUUCCAGACUCUUUGAGACUUCAGCUAGCUCUCCACUUAACACUGGUACAAUCAACUUAACUGCUGCCCGAAGGCCUUCAGUGGCCUCAGUUACUUCAGUUACAAGUAAAGCUGUAGCCGUUAAGAUACAGGAUAAGACUGAAAAUGCCAAACCUGACGAUGAAGAGGAUGAAGACGAUUUAGUGACAUCUGACCCGAGUGAAUCACGUGUUUUAAUUCAUUCUCCUUCAAACGAUCAAGAUUCGCAGAAAUCUGAUAAGGAUGGUGAAGUUUCUAAAGAAGAUGUAACCGUGUCUACAACACCACAACCCAAGGCUGUUUCAUCUUUAGGCUCCUCGGCCCUCAGAGGUUCCACAACUGCAAUCAGUGCGACUCCUGCAAAUAUUGCUUCUGCUAAACCAGUCAGUUCUGCCGGGUCAACUUCACAGACGUCAGAUUCGCCUUCGUCACCCAUCGCCGCCCCCAGCACUUCUACUCCCUUGCUUAAACUUAGCCAAUCACCUUCCAAUUCUUCACUUACCUCGGUCUCCUCAGCUUCAACUGCUUCGCCUGCUUCGGGAGUAGCUAGGCGAGCCUCCGUUACACCUGCUUCACCCGCUUCAGCUGUAGCUAGGCGAGCCUCCACUACUCCUGCUCCGAUUGCAACUCCUGCAAGUAGUACUUCUUCAGAACCGUCUCAGGCAACUCCUGUCGCAACUGCAAGACGCCCUUCAGUUACUCCAAUACCUGCUUCAGGUACCCCUGUGCCUCGAGCAAGACCUGCAGGUUCAAGUGGUGGACCCUCACCUUCUGGGAUCGUCAUUCCACUGGAAGAUUGA